UUCUGGUUCAGUCUGGACUGAGACAGAGAGAAUUCAGCUCUCUAAUGUUCUAAAGGCUCCAGUGGGAGAACAUAUUCUACUGAAAUGGAGAUGAAGUGUCUGUGUUGGUGGUCAGUGAUGUUUCUGUUGUAGAUCUGCUGUAAAUGAACACAGAUGAAGGUGGACUUGGACUUUCUCACUGAAGACGUCUAGACAAACCUCAGAAAAGCAGCAUCUCCAGUGUCCAGCUGGGUGUGGAGAGUAAAACCGCAGUGAUGGAGCUUCAUCACUCCAGCAGUGGAGGAAGAACCUCUGACUCAAAAGUGAAGCGUGCAGGAUCUCCAGAACCCAGCUGUGUGUCUGUGAAGAGUGACCAGUCUAUGGAGGAACCUCUUAAACUCAGCAGAGGAGAAGGAGAACCCAGCUGUGUGUCUAUGAAGAGUGACUGGUCCAUGGAGGAACCUCUUAAAUUCAGCAGAGGAGGAGAACCCAGCUGUGUGUCUGUGAAGAGUGACUGGUCCAUGGAGGAACCUCUUAAACUCAGCAGAGGAGAAGGAGAACCCAGCUGUAUGUCUAUGAAGAGUCACUGGUCCAUGGGGGAACCUCUUAAACUCAGCAGAGGAGGAGAACCCAGCUGUGUGUCUAUGAAGAGUCACUGGUCCAUGAUGUUACCAGCACAGUCCAGUGGAGGGAGAGGAUCCUCUGACUCAGGGCAGCACUCCACACAAACAGCACUGCAGACAAACACUCUGGCAGAUAUUCACCAAUCAGUGGAUGACGUCCUUCACAGAGUCUUAGAGAGACACAAAACCAGCAUGAAGAACAAGUGCGAGAGCUUAUUUGAGGGAAUCAGAACAGAAGAGAAUAAAACCCUCCUGAACAGGAUUUACACACAGCUCUACAUCAUAGAGGGAGAGAGUGAAGGAGUGAAUGAAGAACAUGAGGUUCUGCAGAUGGAGAAAACAUCCAGGAGACGCGUACAAGACUCUCCAAUCAACUGCUUAGACAUCUUUAAACCUCUACAAGGUCCUGAAGGAGAAACACUAGAAGAGAACAUUAGAGCUGUGAAGGCUGACAGUCUCAGACACAAAGAAAGAAAAGAAGAUAACAGACCAAAAGAGCCAGAGCUCAGAAGUGUUCUGACUAAAGGCAUCGCUGGAAUUGGAAAAACUGUCUCUGUGCAGAAGUUCAUUCUGGACUGGGCUGAAGGAAAAGCCAAUCAGGAUGUAGAGCUCAUGUUUGUGCUUCCGUUCCGGGAGCUGAACCUGAUUAAAGAUGAUCAAUACAGUCUUCAUGGACUUCUGUGUGACUUCCAUCCUGAGCUCAAAGAUCUGGACCCAGAUAUUUAUGAUCAGCUCAAAGCUGUGUUUAUAUUUGAUGGUCUGGAUGAAAGUAGAAUUCCACUGAAGUUUAAACAGUGUGAGAAAGUAUCUGACAUCACCCUGACAUCAUCAGUGGGUGUGUUGAUGACAAACCUCAUCAAAGGAGAGCUGCUUCCCUCUGCUCUGAUCUGGAUAACCUCCCGACCAGCAGCAGCCAAUCAGAUCCCUCCUAAAUACAUCAAGCGUGUGACAGAAAUUCAGGGAUUCAGUGACCCACAGAAGGAGGAGUACUUCAGGAGGAGGAUCAGUGAUGAAGACCAAGCCAAGAGAAUCAUCUCCCACAUUAAGACAGCGAGGAGCCUCCACAUCAUGUGCCACAUUCCAGUCUUCUGCUGGAUCUCAGCCACUGUUCUUCAGCAAAUCAUCAAACAGCGUCAUACAGAAAUCCCUAAAACUCUGACUGAAAUGUACUCACACUUCCUGCUCACUCAGACAAACAUGAAGAACGAGAAGUAUGAGGAGAAAAAGAGGAGAAACCCAAAGAAUCUGCUGGAGUCCAACAGAACCAUUCUUCUGAAACUGGCUGAGCUGGCUUUCAAACAGCUGAUGAAGGGCAAUGUGAUGUUUUAUGAAGAGGACCUGAGAGAAAGCAGCAUUGAUGUCACUGAGGCCUCAGUAUAUUCUGGGAUUUUCACUGAGAUCUUUAGGGAGGAAUGUGUGCUUUACCAGAGGAAGGUCUACUGCUUUGUUCAUCUGAGCUUUCAGGAGUUCCUGGCUGCUGUUUAUGUGUUUCACUGCUAUGAGAGCAAGAACAUGGGAGAGUUGCAAAUUUUCCUGCAGGAUGAUCAUGAUUAUGAGAGUACAUACAUUGAGAGCAGUGACACUGAGAACUCUGAGAACAGAAACAGCAGUGAGACAAAUAAGAACAGAUUGCAAUCUAAUUAUGUUCCACUUGAUGAGCUGCUGAAGGGAGCAGUUUAUAAAGCUGUAGAGAGUCAGAAUGGACACCUGGAUCUUUUCCUCCGUUUCCUGCUGGGCAUCUCAAUCGAGUCCAGUCAGAGACUCCUACAGGGUCUACUGGACCACACACAGAGUAGCUUGGAAAAAACUAGAGAGUGCAUCAAGACACUAAUAAAAAGAGAAAAUAAACAAUAUCAUAUCUCAAAUGACAGAUCAAUCAAUCUGUUCUUCUGUCUGGCUGAAAUGAAUGAUCAUUCUUUCUACAGAGAGCUUCAGGAGUAUCUAAAACCUGAGAAACAACCAGAGGUGAAGCUCUCUCCUGGAAUGUGUUCAGCACUAGCCUGCUUGCUUCUAAUGUCUGAGGGGGUUUUGGAUGAGCUGGACCUGAAGAAAUACAACUCAUUAGAAAAAGGUUAUAGCAGACUGAUCCCAGCUGUGACUGUCUACAGAAAAGCUCGACUAGCUGGGUGUAAUCUUUCCAAGGAUUCAUGUGAAACUCUCUGUUCUGCUCUACAAUAUGUAAAUUCCUCUCUGAAAGAGCUGGACCUCAGUAGCAAUGACCUGCAGGAUUUAGGAGUGGAGCUGCUCUCAUCAGGACUGAAGAGUUCACACUGUAAACUGGUGUCACUAAGAUUAGCUAUCUGUAAUCUUGGUGAAAAAGCUUGUGAAAGUCUGGGAUCAGCUCUACAAUCAGCAACCUCCUCACUGUUAGAGCUGGACCUCAGUAAGAAUGACUUGCAGGAUUCAGGAAUAAAGCUGUUGUCUACUGGACUAAGGAGUUCACACUGUAAACUGGAGACACUCAGACUAACUAUCUGUAAUCUUGGGGAGAAAGCUUGUGAAAAUCUAGGAUCAGCUCUACAAUCUUCAAGCUCCUGUCUGAAGGAGCUGGACCUUAGUAACAAUGACCUCCAGGAUUCAGGAGUGGAGCUGCUCUCUGCUGGGCUGAAGAGUUCACACUGUAAAAUCAAGACACUCAGGCUAGCUACAUGUAAUCUUAGUGAGAAAGCCUGUAAAAAUCUGGGAUCAACGCUACAAUCAGUAAACUCCUGCCUGAUAGAGCUGGACCUCAGUGACAACGAACUGCAGGAUUCAGGAGUGGAGCUGCUCUCUGCUGGAGUGAAGAGUUCACACUGUAAACUAGAGACACUCAGAUUGUCUGGUUGCAUGGUUACAGAUAAAGGCUGUUGUUCUCUGGCUUCAGCUCUGACAUCAAACCCCUCCCACCUACGAGAACUGGAUAUGACCUAUAAUCAUCCAGGAGAGUCUGGCAUGAAGCUACUCUCUGAUCUACUGGAGGAUCCACAUUGCACACUGGAGAAACUGCAGGUGGAUCAUGGAGGGAAGAUCAGAAUUAAACGAGGACUGAAGAAAUAUGUGUGUGAUCUCACUCUAGAUCCAAACACAGUGUACAAAGAACUCGUUCUGUCUGAGGGGAACAAAAAGGUGGAGCGGGUGUGGAAGGAUCAGCAUUAUCCAGAUCAUCCAGACAGAUUUGAUGUCUAUGCUCAGGUUCUGAGUGUGGAGAGUCUGACUGGACGCUGUUACUGGGAGGUUCAGUGGAGUGGAGAUAGAGCUCAUAUAUCAGUAUCAUACAGAGGAAUCAGGAGGAAAGGAGACAGUGCUGAUUGUGUGUUUGGAAACAAUAAUCACUCCUGGAGUCUGAUCUACUCUGAUAACAGGUUCUCUGUUAAACACAAUAAUGAGAAAACUGUCCUACCAGCUUCCCCCUCCCCCUCUAACAGAAUAGGAGUGUAUCUGGACUGGGGGUCCGGCACUCUGUCCUUCUACACCAUCUCCCCUAACACACACACACUGAACCACCUACACACACUCUACGCCACGUUCACUGAAUCGCUUUAUGCUGGAUUCUGGUUUUAUUGUAAUAGCUCCUCAGUAUUACUGUGUGAGAUAGAAUAAUCUCUACACAGAGAGUGUGACAGAUACUUUUUUUUCAUAUAAUUUAGCAAACAUAUUUGAUAUAUACAUUAAAUACAUCAAAUACACAUCAAAUAUACAUCAAAGAGCCCAAAAUACUGUAAGAAACCGGGUAUGAUACGAGUUGAUACCUAGAUAUAAAGAUGCACAUUACCUGAUGGAGGAUAAAGGACCAGCCACCUGUUACCUGACAGAGGAUACAGAACUGUCUACCACUGUCUACCAUCAUCCAAAUGUUACCUGAUGGAGGAUGUAGGACUGUCUACUGUCAUCCACACAUUACCUGAUUUACUAUAUAGGACCAUCUAUUGUUAUCUACACGUUACCUGAUGAAUGAUAUAGAACAGUCUACUGUUAUCUACAUAUUAUGCGAUGAAGGAUAUAGGAUUGUCUACUAUUAGCUAUAAUAAAAUCUAUUAAAAUAAAUGAAAUAAACGGCAAAUAAAUGUUAUGUGUUCAGUCACCUCAGUUUUUAUCUUUUUGCUGAUAUUGUUGCUGCCAUUUUCUCUUUGGGCUCACAAGAUUUUAAACCAUCUCUGUUUGCUACUAUUGUUUAUUAUAAUGUU